CUAGGUAAACAAACAGAAGAGAAGAGGAAACGAGCAGCAGCACGCACUUUGCUGGCUCUGGGCUCCCUCGGGAACAUUUUAUAUGGUUUAUAUAUGUUUUUACAACAUUUUAAUACGACGUACUUUGAAAACUUUUAAUAUUUUGAUAUACCGGUUUUUGACAAUUUCUAACAACGAAAGCUGGCGCGGAGUGUCUUUAGCUUGCUAGCCUGAAAAUAGUAGAUUUUUUCUCUCUUGCUGUCGACAAAGGCAGCUGAUGAGGACAGGGAACUAAACAAACAAUAACGCGACGUGUCAUCUGCUGUAGUAAAAAACCGAUGCACUGUCUUCCGUGUUUUUAACGUCAAACGCUGAAGAGAGCGUAAAGGGAUAUCGGCAGCUAGGAUGACGGCUGUUCAGCUAAUAAACGUUCAGCGGUUAUUGGAAGCUGCGGAAUAUCUAGAAAGAAGAGAAAGAGAGUGUGAACAUGGAUAUGCUUCGACAUUUCCGUCAAAUCAGAACACAAACUACCAGCGGCAGAGAAAAUUACGAAGCAAGAAGUUUAACAGUAACCACAAUAGGUCUACACAUAAUGAGCUGGAAAAGAAUAGACGAGCUCACCUGAGGCUGUGUCUGGAGCGGUUGAAGGCCCUCAUACCCCUGGGACCUGAUUGCAACCGCCACACCACACUGGGUUUGCUUAACAAAGCCAAAGCACACAUAAAGAAACUUGAAGAGGUGGACAGGAAGAGCCAGUACCAGCUGGAGUCUCUGGAGCGCGAGCAGCGGCACCUCCAGCGCCAGCUGGAGCUGCUGAGGGGAGGCAGCGGCGCCGUAGCCCAGAGCAGGCUGGGGGAGGGGGAGAGGAUACGCAUGGACAGUGUGGGCUCCACCCUCUGCUCCGACCGCUCAGACUCUGACCAAGAGGAAAUCGAGGUGGACGUGGAAAGCACAGAGCUCUCCCAUGGAGAGCUGGACAGCGUGAGCACGGCCAGCACCAGCGACCUGGACGACCACAGCAGCCUGCAGAGCAUGGCUAGCGACGAGGGCUACUCCUCCUGCAGUGUCAAACUUGCCUUCUCCUCCUAGAGGCCCCGGCCACCGGUCCACACCAGCCUGCCCUCCCAUCUGCUUAUGCGCCCAGCCAAGCCUGCAUACACACACAAACCAAGUCACCUCUGACAACGGUCGCACCCCAGCUGAAAAUGUUCCCCUGUCCAGGAAUCACCUCCUCUCAUGCUCCUAGCAUUUAUUUUGCCCCCCCCCCCCUUCCUUUUCUGCACUGCUGACCCCACUGUCGGAGGAGCUCCGGUGAGCACACUACCUCCCCUCUGAAUCUUGAGCAGCCCCAGCCAACACUAAUGCCAGAGAACCCCACAGUGAUGUGAGACUGCCAUUUGACUUUAAACAUCUUAGAAACCUUCUUCAGAUAAAAGUCAUAUUACUUUUAAAAAACACAAUGAAAGAUUUUAAAAUUUUUGUUUUUAGAACUAAUAAUUCCCAACCCCUGCUUUGAUGCUAAAUGCACUUAAAUUCAGUGAAACCACUCCGAGGUUCUGAGUGCUCUCUCCUGUGUACAGUAGGCGUUAGACUGAUCCCAUGUAUCCAGUUUAACAUUCUAGUGCCGAGCAAACAUAAUCUGGACUUCAAAGACCACAGUGGGUGAACUUUGCCACAUCGACACAGUGCAGCCCUGACUAAGCGCCCCUCCAGCCCUCGUUACCUCCGCUCAACUCUGCAGAGGCUCGGACACUCGAAUCGGUGCUAUUGUGAAACAAUCCAGGGGGGAAGCAGGUCAGACCCACCACCGCGAAACUUUCGAAGCAAACCUGGCGUCCGCCGAGAUUAUUUCCAACCAAGCACGAAAGAAAACGACAACAGAAAAAUGGAGGGAGAGAAAACAUUCCCGUCGAAUGUGGGUGCUCUGUGCUUUUUUUUUUUUUAAAAGGGUGGAAGUCUUGGUGUUUUUAUUUUAGGUACAACUUGUGUUGUUCUGUUUCGGUUUCCUCGACAAGCAGCUACGACAAGCUAUCCCGCACUCGCCUACUGUAGAGCUCUCCAGACAUGGAAGUGAAGCAAAACACAAACAGCAGCAACAAUGAAGAAGUCAGAACAACUAACUUUGUAAUAGAUGUCUAUCCUCUUUCCAGCAUUAACAAGCAAUAACUUGUAGUUUUUGUCUCGUCAGUUUGAAACUCCUUCCUCUUGUUUUUUUUUUUUCUCUUCUCACUAAAGACACGUAUGUGUUUGUGUGGCCGUCCAAAAAAACAACAAAAAAAGAAUUUCUUUUUUUUGUACAUACAUAUAAAUUAAACUUUAAGAUGUUUUUAAAGGUAGAGCUCAUGGAUAGAUCUAUUGCCUCCGUUGCUGUUCGACCUGUGUUUCUUGUGCACUUGAAAUUUCAUAGCAGCAGCAGAUUGUGGCACGGGCAAUAUUUUAUUUUGUUCAGUUUGUAAUUGUGCUGCUGCUCUGAGAAGGAAAAAAAUGAUAAAACGAUUCAACGAUCAACUUAGUAGGACUUGAUGUUGGACAAUACAGAGUUUGUGUGGUGCUUUUUUUUUUUUCAUGAGUGGGAGGUGAAACGCCGCAUGUGGCAUUCCACUGGUGGAGGUGAUUUAUGAAGGAAGCACCUGUGGGUGAGACUGUGGAGAGAAGGAAGAAGGUUGCACAUUACCAUUGUUGGUCAUCUCAACUCGACUCCCACAUUGAGACUUGCCCCUCAACCACAGUUCUCCAAUUCUUUUUUUUCCUCUUCUGUCGUUUUCAGCUCUCGUGAACCAUUUUGUAUGUGAAAGAUAGAAAACACCGCCCCUUCGUGAAUAUUUAUUUCCCAGUCCCUCAUACAACACGAGCAGUGGGGGAAAAGAAAUUAAUUUAUUUUUGAUUUCCUUAUUUUACUCAUUUUAAUGCUUAAUCCUCAUUCCUUGAUUUAAAAAUUGUAUAUUUUACGGGUUAUUGCUAUUUUUGGAGGGGAGGGUGGGAUGGGACAUAAAAUGUAGCCAUUUUGUUUUUGUUUUUCUAUUAUUUUAUUCAGUGGACACUUGAAUUGUAACUGGCCCCUAAGCUGCUCCUAGUGCUGAGCCUCGCCUGUUUAGAGUCGCCAAGCCUUGUCCAAGCUGAGCUCCCCCCCCCCACUUCCUACUUCCUGCCAUAGGCCCACAACAAGAUGGCUGACGGCCCACGCCCAGCCUGCUGUCUGCUUGUUUCUGGAUCUGUUCUGAAGGGGGCUCUCUGCACAAGGCUUCACCUUAGCCAAGACUUUACUGGCAAAUACUGAGCCAGCUACUACACAAUAGAAGGGGCCGAAAACUCCGCUCUCCUCCAUUUGGAGGACUGUAGUCUCUAUUAGACUUGUGUUUUAGUUGACAAAAUGUGUCUUACGAGGCCUCCGACUGAGGGUUUAAUGAAAAAGUAAAUAAAGAACAAGUCCUUCAGUUUGACUGAAGGACAUGUUUCUGGUGGAGAGUUUCACCUGUGAGCUCCAUGAGGAGCUUUGUUGAGGUUGUUGAACUUGGCACUGAAUCAGAAAGUCACCACUAUUGGUGCUUAAUUCUAUAUAAGAAACAAAUGCCAAAAGCACCUCAGAACACCUCAGUGUCCUCUCUCUCUCUCUCUCGCUCUCGCUCUCGCUCUCUCUUUCUCUCUGAGGGACAGUUUACAUUUAUUCUGCCCUUGUUUAACUUAUUAACCUUCAUUUUCUCCUCUGUUUUCUUUUUCAUGGUGCGGUGGUUUUGUGAACUUGCACUGCUGACAGGAAAAGCUCCCAGGUUUGACGAUAGAUGAAUUUCACUUUUUCGAUUUUCGCGUUUUAACCUGUUUGGACUACACAAUAUUUUCACUACAUCGGGCCAAUGCUGAUGGAGUUAUACAAGUAAAUACUCCAAAUCAGGAUGAAAGAAAGUUUUAAGGACUGAUUUGACCAUCUCCCUCUCACAGGAGUGUACAGUGUGUGAAUGUGUGUUCUCCAUGUUCUUACUGAAGCUGAGCUUUAGAGGAGCACCUGGUCCAAGGUUUGUCUGCACUGAGCUCACUUGGACUCUGUCUCCUGUUACUCAGUAAAUGUCAGACCUCUGGGGAGUAUGUGUCCUGGAAAGACAAUCCAGUGUAAGAUAUAAUAACUGGGGAGUGGGGACUGCGCCACUGUCAUUUAGUCAGUUCAGUGCAGACUGGUCUGGGAUCAGUCUUUCUGGCUAUGCUGCAAAUUCAAAGCACCAUCAUAUCUUUAUAAGCUGGUGAUCACAAAGCCUCUGUUGUGAAGGUUUGCUUUAGUCUUUGCUAAAGGUGGAGUUUUCCAGGAGUUCCAGUUUUGCAGUUUGGCCAGAAGUGAAGCAGCUCAGCUCCAUUCUAGCGUUGCCCUCUCAGGAGACUAACUUUGAGCAAACGGGUCCAUGAAGCGAAGUCAGCCCAACCAAACAAGCAGGCCCAUGUAGGGAGUCCUCCCGUUGUCCUGAACCUGUGGCCAUCCUUUGUGAAACAUGCACUCUGAUGAUGAUUCUAGCUGUGUAAGUUGAUGAUGCAAUACUAAAAUAAAAACACCAAAAUUUUCAAACCUGAA